AUGAGUACGAUGAGGGGUGUUGGUGUGUUUCCUUGUAACGUUAUGAGAGUGAGAAAACAGUGCUCAAGAAUUCAUCAAAUUGGGAAAAGCAGAGCUGUGGUGCGGAACAGCAUGAAAGCAGAAGCAGAUGUAAUUGUGAUUGGGAGUGGUAUUGGUGGACUGAGUUGUGCAGCACUGUUGGCAAGAUACGAACAAAAUGUUGUGGUUCUUGAAAGUCACGACGUUGCUGGAGGUGCUGCUCAUUCUUUUGACGUCAAAGGAUAUAAGUUUGAUUCAGGUCCUACUGAGUUUUUAAAGGAUCUUCAAAACUGUGCUGGUCCUGAAGCUGUUCAAGAAUGGCAGAAACUUUUAGAUGCUAUACGUCCCUUGUCUACAGCUGCAAUGGCUCUUCCCCCUCUAUCUAUUAGGGGAGAUUUCGGUGUUCUUUAUACUGCUGCUGCUAGAUAUGCUCCUUCUCUUUUCAAUACCUUUUUACAAAUGGGUCCUCAGGCUGCUCUUCGAUCCACACAGCUUCUCUCGCCUUUCUCCCAAAUACUUGAUUCUUUGGAACUCAAACACCCUUUUAUAAGAAAUUGGAUUGACCUACUCUCUUUCUUGCUUGCUGGUGUCAAAUCUGAUAGUAUACUUUCUGCAGAGAUGGUUUACAUGUUUGCAGAAUGGUACAAACCAGGGGGCUGUCUUGAGUACCCCCUAGAUGGAUCCGCAGGUAUUAUUGAUGCUCUUGUACGAGGACUAGAGAAGUUUGGUGGAAGGAUUUCUCUUCAAAGUCAUGUGGAAAAGAUUGUUGUUGAAAACGACAGAGCCGUUGGAGUGAAGCUGAGAAGUGGUCAAUUCAUACGUGCUAAGAAGGCUGUCGUGAGCAAUGCAUCAAUGUGGGAUACUUUAAAAUUGCUACCUGAAGAAAUUGUUCAAAAGUCUGAAUCAGAUAGGAUUAAUACCACUCGCCAGUGUGAAUCGUUCAUGCAUCUCCAUUUGGGAUUUGAUGCAGAGGGCAUACGAGAUGACCUGGGAAUUCAUCAUAUAGUUGUAAAUGAUUGGGAAAGAGGAGUUGACGCAGAUCAGAACGUUGUGCUGAUAUCAGUGCCUAGUGUGCUUACUCCUAAUCUGGCGCCUAGUGGAAAACAUGUGUUACAUGCUUAUCUUCCAGGAACUGAACCAUUUGAGUUGUGGGAAGGACUUGAUCGUAGGAGUGCUGAAUACAGAAAUCUUAAAGCUCAAAGAUCAGAGAUAAUGUGGAGAGCGGUGGAGAGAGCAGUGGGAGCAGGUUUCAGCAGGGAGAAAUGUGAAGUGAAGUUAGUUGGAAGUCCACUGACACAUGAAAGAUUUCUCAGGAGGAACAGAGGAACAUAUGGACCAGCUGUCAAAGCUGGUAAAGAUACCUUUCCUGGACAUUCAACUACAAUACCACACCUUUAUUGUUGUGGAGAUUCCACUUUUCCUGGCAUUGGAGUCCCUGCAGUUGCUGCCAGUGGUGCAAUUGUAGCCAAUUCACUAGUUUCAGUGUCUCAGCAUUCUCAGCUGCUUGAUGCAAUUGGAAUUUGA